CAGUUUGUAAGCACUUCAGUAACGGCGCGCGACAAUAAACAAAAGACUUUUCUUUUGUAUUCACCACAUGACGUCAUCACAGGACUGCGGCGCGCUCCUGCAUCUGUUUCAGCUGACGAAAGAGACAAACUCCUGCUGAAGAGACGCAUCUCCAUGUGACGCUGUUAUAAAGAUGGAGUUUAUUAAAGAGGAGAGUGAAGACUUGAAGAUUGAAGAAACAUUCAGACUUGAAGACAUCAGGAUUACUGAAGUGUUCUCACUGAAACAAGAAGAUCCCGAGGAGCUAACAGAUCUGACCGAACUAAAAAAAGAGCGGGAAGAUCCGAGGGAUCAGAUUAAGGGAGAUCAAGAUUUCAAAACUGAAGAUUCUACUCACUCGCAGACGGAAAAGACUUCGUCACCAGAAAUAAUCCAGAGCUCUCUCACAUGCAAUCAAUGUGGAAAAUGUUUCACACACAAACAGAAUCUUAGAGUCCACAUGAGAGUCCACACCGGAGAGAAGCCUUACAGAUGCUCUCAAUGCGGAUUGAGUUUCACGCGUAAACAAACUCUUAAUGGCCACAUGAGCAUUCACACCGGAGAGAAACCUUAUCUGUGCGCCCAAUGUGGACUGACCUUUUCAUACCGAAAAAAUCUUAAUCUACACAUGAGAAUUCACACGGGAGAGAAGCCCUACUCGUGCACCCAAUGUGAACUGAGUUUCAGGAAAAAACAGUGUCUUAAAAUCCACAUGAGAAUUCACACCGGCGAAAAGCCGUACCUGUGUGCCCAAUGUGGACUGAGUUUUACGCACAAACAAACGUUUAAUAGCCACAUGAGAAAUCACACGGGAGAGAAGCCUUUCACGUGUGCUCAAUGCGGAUUGAGCUUCGCCACCAAACAAUCUCUUCGCAUCCACACGCGCAUUCACACCGGAGAAAAGCCUUAUAUGUGCUCCCAAUGCGGGAUAGGUUUUACGCAUAAAAACGCUCUUAAUGUCCACUUCACAACUCACACCGGAGAGAAGCCUUACAUCUGCCAUCAAUGCGGAUCCGGUUUUACACGUAAACAUACUCUUAAUAACCACCUGGUAAUUCACACCGGAGAGAAGCCUCACAAGUGCUCCGACUGCGGACUGAGUUUCACGAAAAAAACGGCUCUUACUAGCCACGCCAGGAUUCACACCGCAGUAAAGCUGUACACGUGCUCUCACUGUGGACAGAGCUUUAAGCACAAACAAACUCUUAAAAUCCAUCUGAGAGUUCACACUGGAGAGAAACCGUACUCUUGCACUCAGUGUGGACAGAGGUUUCCGCAUAAACAGACUCUUCGUAGCCACUUGAGAAUCCACACUGGAGAGAAGGCAUACGCAUGCUCUCAAUGCGGAAUGAGCUUCAUGUAUAGACGAGGUCUUAACGUCCACGUUAGGAGUCACUUCCAGUAAUGCCGAGUUUAGACUGCAUGAUUUUAGCCCCGAUUUUGACUCACCGACAGGUUUUGAGAAAUCGCAAAUCGGCGCAAUGGAGGUUGGUUCAGUUCCCUGCGCUGAACAGAAACAAUAGCCGCGUUUCCACUAUCGCGCCUAAAGCGAGUGAGCCAGGGCGAGCCAAGGCCAGUCGCGUUUCCACUAUCACUUCCGGGGCGUAAUCGGGCCAAAGCGGGGCUUCCUUGGGGCCAGCGUCCGGCCUUUUUUGGCCCGCCGAAUACCUUGGGCCAAGGAGGGCCAACUGGGGCUUCGGGGCGGGGUUGCGUACAAAGGCGGAGUUUUCCUUAACAACAACACGGCAUAUAUGAUGGUAUUUACAAACAACAAAAUGCUACAAAAACAAUCACGGGAAAUAUUACCAUGUUCAUCCACUGUUGCCGUUGUCGUUGUAUACGUCGUUCUCGUCGCUCGGCUGCUCUUUUGCGCCUUGCAUCCAAAAUCUGUGUUCGAAGUAAAUGCAGCCGAACUCGAAUGUCCUUAUCCAGGGAUCGCUGUCUGGCCUUACACCAACAGACCACAAACAGUAAAAAAGCAAUCGCUUCGGCGUUCUCCAUCUUUCAGCUCUCGUAGUGAUGCCAGGUUGUGUUUGUGGUUAUAAUUUGAGUUUUUUGUUCCCGCUGAAGUGGGCGGGUUGUGUGACGGGUUGUGUGACGUUUGAUUCGGGCGACGUUCUGGCGGCGGUGUUUGCGUGACGCGCUGACAGUGGAACCGCGACAUGAUUUCGGCCUCAUUUCUCAACCUCCCGGGCUAUUGGCCCGGCCUGGCCCGAUUAAAGCCCUGGCUCGCACUGGCCCGAUAGUGGAAAUGCGGCUAAUGUAAGUAUAGGAGACUGUAAAGCCUACUUUAACCCAAUGCGUGAAGCUGUGGACAAGGAGCUGCUGCAAAUACUAGCAUCAGAUGUGUGUCUUAUAUAAAAGUAUAGAUAUUUAUUCUAGUUUUCCUCUUUCCCCUUUUAAUUACCGAUCAUUUAAUGCGCUUUGAUUCACUCCCUGUAUUACGCUGCCUGACAGCCUGUCUGGGUUUCCACCAUGAUUGCAAGCGACUGAACGAAGACACUGGACAGCCUAAUUUAACCCAAUGCAUGAAGUUGUGGACGAGCAUCACAGAGCUGCUGCAAAUACAACAAAUACAAGCAUUUAAGUGUCUUCAGUUGUGUUUUUCUUUUGUUAAUACUGUUCGUUUGAUGCGCUGUGAUCCUCUCAAGAUCUCAAGUCACGUCUGUGUGGGUUAUGUCAAGACAUAUUCCCUCAUCAAGUCAAUCAACUCGAUCUCUCAACAUGUAUGAAGGAUAAAAACCCGCCAUAAGAAACACCGCGCCGAUCUCAGUUUGGUUUGAACGCGAGCAGAGGUGAGGGAGGGGCUGUA